AUGUGCUGCAAUUGUUGCAGUGUCCGCCAGCAGAAGAUCUGGGUUUUUGCCCUGGGGGGCCUGGCGUUUGUCCUGGGCAUAGUCUUGGUCGCCGCCUGGCCGAGCUUGUCGCGUCAGUGGAUACUGGGAAUGCUGCCGCUGGCCCCAGAUUCCUUCAUGUACAAGCGCUGGGUCGCAACGCCCAUGCAGCUGUACAGUACGUUCUAUCUGUUCAACUGGACCAACCCGGAGGACCUGAACACGGAGGGAGUCAAGCCGAAUUUUGAGCAACUGGGACCGUAUACGUUCAGCGACUACAAAGUGAAGGAGGACCUGGAGUGGGAUCAGCCCGAGGUGACCUACUACGGUCGACGCACUUGGCAUUUUGUGCCCGAUAAAUCGAAUGGGUCCCUCGAGGAUGUGGUUGUCACCCCAGAUUUUCCCGCUGUGACAGCUUCCUUUCUCUCACGCAAGUAUCGACGCGUACUUCGGAAGGUAAUGAACUUUGCCCUCAAUCGGGAGGGUGGCUCCACCUUCAUAAGACAAACAGCCGGGGAAUCUCUCUUCGACGGGUACUACAACGAGCUCCUGGACUUCGUGGAGCAGCUGCAUUCCCCGCUGCUGCCCGUUCCCAGCGGCACCUUCGGCUGGCUCUAUCAGCGGAACCAGUCCAAGACAGCCGAGGGAAACUUCACCAUACACACGGGUCGUGGAGAUCGCAGCCGGAUGGGAGACCUGCUGCUUUGGAAGGGCAAAAACCACACCGGCUACUAUGCGGGCGAGUGCGGAAAGGUCAACGGCAGCACCGGCGAGCUGUGGUCCCCGCAGCGACAGUGGGACAGACCCACUUCUAUAUUUAUGCCCGAUACAGGACGCUUUCUAAACCUGUAUCCCACGGAGAACGUCACCGUCGAUGGCAUUGACGCCUGGCGCUAUGUCUCCACGGAACUCACCCUCGAUAACGGACAGCUGUCGCCGGACACGAAAUGCUUUUGCGUGGGCCAGCGCGAGUGCCCGCUCAACGGCGUGCUGGACUUUUCUCCGGCCACCUAUCACGGCCCGUUCUAUAUGUCACAUCCCCAUUUCCACAUGACGGACGGCAUGUUCAGGGAGAACACGACUGGCCUGCAGCCAAAUGCCUCGGAGCACUCCAUGUAUGUGAUAAUGGAGCCCACACUGGGGGCACCUCUGAAGCUAAGGGGACAGCUGAUGAUUAGUGUGCGAGUGGUGCGCGACGAGGCUAUAGACUUCUUCAAAGAUGUGGCCUACGAUCAUUAUGCGCCCCUCUUUACCCUGGUCUUGCAUGGAGAGAUGGACGAUAAUCUGAGAAGUUCACUUAAGCUCGCCUUGAAUGUUCCACAAAUUGGCCAAUACACGGGAAUAGCCUUCCUCCUCGUAGGCCUCACCAUGGUGGCGGUGGGCGUUUACGUCUCAAGGAACCACAAAUGGCACAACGAACAAAGGCCCGAACCCAUUGAGGGAGUGAAAGCAAACAACAAACAAGUCGACGCCACUCGGGGGAACCGAUAAGACUGGUUAUUCCGUACCCGGCGAUAAUCUCGCUAAUCAUAGCAAGUAUUUGCGGACU